AUGACAAACAGUGAGGGAAGUCGUGCUUCACAAAGGAGGAUGGUUGAGGGUGAGUCAAGCAAUGCAAGGGAAAGAAGGCUUAAGAUGCAAGCCGAUUUGGAGAGGAUGAAUCAGAGGAUGGAAGAGUCUGAUGCAGAGGGAUAUGUGUACUCUGAGGCAGAAUCUGAGAAGGAGGGAAAUGGUUCUCCAAGUGAAGAAGGAAGUGAUGAGACUGAGAGUGAAGAGGAAGGAGAAGAGGUGAAUCAGUUGGUUGAAGAAAGUGAGCAAGAAAGUAACCAAGAUGAACCUAUGGAGGAAGUUGAGCCACAAGAACAGCCGCAAGAGGAAGAAGAAGAACUCCUAUAUGUGGAGUUGGUCCUCAAGAACAUGCACUUGGCCAAGCUCUUCUCUUAUCACAUGGAAUCCUACAAGGAGCUCACUUGCGAGUUCUAG